GAGUAGCUAAUAUACCAUAAAAUAUAAUUGUCAAUAUGAGUUCUACCAUGAAAACUUGCCUUGUUAUCUUGUUCACGGUUUUGAUAGUUGCUAGGGCUUUUAUCAAGGAAGUUAGUGCCGCUGGCGAAUGUGGAAAAACUCCGAUCAGCUCCGCUGCUGCUAGUUUAAGCCCCUGCCUAAGCGCUGCAAAGAAUACCAAAGCAGCUGUCCCGUCUACUUGUUGCUCCAAAGUUGGCUCCUUGAUUAAGGCUGCUCCCAAAUGCCUCUGUGCUGUUCUGUUAUCACCGUUGGCAAAGCAAGCUGGAAUCAACCCUGGGAUUGCUAUUACCAUUCCGAAACGGUGCAAUAUCAAGAACAGACCAGUUGGUAAAAAAUGUGGACGAUAUACUGUUCCAUGAGAGAUGAAAAUAAAAUGGAGAAGAAUCAAGAGAAUGCAUGUCCUAUGAGUAGAGUAGAGUGCUAAAUAAAGCUACUAGACAGAGUUAUUAUUAGAUGACUCCUACUUAGAUUUUACAGGGGAGCAAUUUUACUUAUGUAUUGUUGAAAAGUAUUUACAAGGGUGGUAAAAUAUCAAUAUUGUAAUCUUCUUUGACACUUAUAUUAAUUU